AUGGCGCGCGGCGUGGCGGUUGGGGCGAAGGGCGGCGCUGGCGGCGGCGCCAAGAAGAAGGGCUCCGUCACCUUCACAAUCUACUGCACCAAGCUCGUGGAGGACAAGAUCAUGGAGAUCUCCACGCUCGAGAAGUUCCUGCAGGAGCACAUCAAGGUCGCCGGCGGCAAGGCUGGCAACCUCGGCGAGGGCAUCACCGUCACCCGCGAUAAGACCAAGGUCACCGUCACCUCCGAUGGGCCUUUCUCCAAGAGGUAUAUAAGCACAAAGCGUGCUAGUUAA